AUGCCAGCAGACGUGCACUCCGAAGUCUGGUCCCUCCUCCGCAGCCAACUCGCUCACAUCACCCUCUCCAACCGCCCCUCCGCCUUCCCCCCCGCGCCCUUCACCACCCCCUCCGCCCUCUCAACCCCCUCAACCCUCUCCGCCUCCACAGCCCCCGCCCCCACCGCCCUCCCCUCCUCUUCCUCCCCCUCUUCCCUCUUUCCGUCCCUCCUCCCUUCCUCCUCUGCGGGCCUCCUAGGCAGCACAGUGGGGACUAUCCAGCUGGCGGCUACCUGGGGGAUGAGAUUAGCGCUGGCGUGUGGGCUGUAUGUGGGGUUAGAGAGGGUGCUGUUUCCGCUGUACCAGCCGACCAAGCUGGAGGAGCGGCCGCGGAGCAGCCACAGGAAGCUGACUGCUGUGCUGAACCCUGAUCUUGGGACCAUGGGGCAGAGCAGGGCACGGUAUAUCUCAGCAGAGGAGAAGACGGGAAUCACGUUUGACGAUUUUGCCGGGCAGGACUAUGUGAAGCGAGAGCUGCAGGAGGUGGUGCGGAUUCUCCGGGCAGCCAAAGAAUUCGAGGACCUGGGCGUGUACUGCCCGAAGGGCGUGCUUUUGUUCGGCCCGCCCGGAACCGGAAAAACGCUGCUGGCGAAGGCGAUAGCUGGGGAGGCUGGGGUGCCGUUCUUUUCGGUUUCUGGCGCUGAGUUUGUGGAGAUGUUCGCAGGGGUUGCAGCCUCAAGAGUGAAGGACCUAUUCUUCAGAGCGCGCCAGUUCGCCCCGGCCAUCAUCUUCAUUGAUGAGAUCGAUGCCAUCGGGUCCAAGCGAGGCACAGCCAGCGACCAGGGCGGGGGCAACAUUGAGCGGGAGCAAGGGCUGAUUCAAAUUCUCACGGAGCUGGAUGGGUUUCAAGAGAAUCAGGCCAAGGUGCUGGUCAUCGGGGCAACUAAUCGUCUGGACAUGUUGGACCCUGCUCUUCUGCGCAAGGGGCGGUUUGACAAGGUGGUGCGGGUGGGGCUGCCCACAGAGGAGGGGCGAUUCUCAGUCCUGAAGGUGCAUGCGCGCAACAAGGCGUUCAAGUCGGAAGAGGAGAAGCUAAAGCUCCUGAGGGAGAUAGCUGCAGCUACACCCGACUACAGUGGAGCUGAGCUUAUGAAUAUCCUCAACGAGGCCGCGAUCCUAGCGAUUCGGAAGGACAAGGAUGAGAUUGAAAGGGAGGAGCUGCUUCAAGCCAUUGACCGGGUGAGUGGGCCUGGAGGGGGGGGGGGCGUUGACCGGGUCAAAGCACAGUCUUCACGGUGCAUACCAGGUCAAAGCGUGGUCAUCUAG